CAAUUGGUCAUACUUUUGCUGUCUCUAUCGCGCCCACCAGCAUCCUCCACCUUCGGGCCUUUACGUUGCUAGGGCGACCGAAAGGGGCUGACCCGGGACACGUGACAGUUGCUCUCUUGCCUUGGGGUUUGUUGCUGUCACAAAUUUGUUAAGUGUUCUCGCCGCCAGAGGCUAGACAGCGGACAGAACCGUCUGGAGAGUCUGGAAAAGAUGGAGCUCUCUGCGGUUGGGGAUCGUGUUUUCGCCGCGGAAGCCAUCCUGAAACGUCGCGUCCGAAAAGGUCAGAUUGAAUACCUCGUGAAGUGGAAGGGAUGGGCAUUGAAGAAUAGCACAUGGGAACCAGAAGAAAAUAUUCUGGAUGACAGACUCGUCACAGCUUUCGAGCAAAAAGAACGUCAACAGGAACUCUACGGGCCAAAGAAGCGUGGGCCUAAACCGAAAAAUUUUGUUCUCAAGGCACGGGCCCAUGCAGGAGAGACCUCAUCCCGAGCCACUGACCCCCGCCUCAUAUCUCGCCGCUCUUCCUCUCGGCCUCCUUCUUCUCGGCCUCCUACCUCUCGGCCUCCUUCCUCCACGUCCACUGCUCUCGUGUCCGCUCCCGCCUCCUCAUCCACGUCUUCGUCCCCUGCUCCCUCUCCUAAGCUCAACUCAUUGGCUGCCACCCAUAAGCUAAAGAAGGACAUCCGUCGCUGUCACCGCAUGUCCCGCCGCCCGCUGCCCCGCCCUGACCCCCUGGCUCCCUCCAGCGGCUCCGGCUCCUUUCCCUCCCGGCCCCCCGUCUCCCCCUUCUCAGAGACGGUACGCAUCCUGAACCGCAGGGUCAAGCCAAGAGAGGUCAAAAGAGGUCGCAUCAUUCUGAACCUGAAGGGUUCCUGCAUGGACAAAGCAGGAGGCGGCGGGCCAGCCGCCAGGCGUGCUGCGAUCCCCUCGCGUAACCGCAUCAUCGGCAAGAGGUUCGGCGACGUCCCCUACAGGCCGUUCCAGCCUCCCAUGAAGAUGACAGGCUUCCCCAUGUACGGGAAGCCAUACGGGAUGCAGAGAAUAGGUUCAGAUUCUUUUCAGGCCAACGCUGGCAUGGCGUCCAACACCGAGGCCAGCAUAGGGGGCACCUCUGCCCCGGCCUCUGCCAGUACUCCCCACGCUGUGCCCCAGUACAUGUCACCACCCUCCCCCUCCAGCUCCAGCGGCUCCGACAGCAGACCUCCAACACCUCGCCAGAGCAAACUGGCUGCACCUCACCCCCCGCCCAGGACUCGGGCCUCUCCUCCCAAACUGAGAGCCCCGGCCGCCCCUCAGGGGAGCGGGACCUCCCAGCAUCAGCCCACGGCUGCCCAGAGCGCUGCCGUGCCCGAGUCGGCUGCCUUCCUCCCCUGCUCCCCUUCUCUCUCGUCCUCUUCCUCCUCUCUCGAGGACGAGGAGGGAGAGGAUGCUGCCAAUCUCUCCGCGUCUCAGAAGGUGAAAAGAAGUCUCCGUCGCCGUCGUUCCCAAGCAAGCCAGCCCACCUCCGCCUCAGACAACAACACUGUGUCCUCGCCCGCCGAGGACGCCACCUCUGCCGCUCUUCCUGGGGAGACCAGGGCACCUGUGGAAGGGGACCCCGACUGGCGCCCCGAGAUGGCCCCCCGUUGCGCCAACGUGGUGGUGACGGAUGUGACCACAAACCUCCUCACGGUCACCAUCAAAGAGUUCUGCCAGCCCGCUGAAGCAGGCUCUGGACCUCCCUCCCCUUCUGCCACCUCCUCCUCACCUCCUCCCCCUUCUCAGGCGGAGCUGCCCUCAUUGCCCCUCCCAGCCACACCUGUGGCUCAUCCCCAUGGAUUUUUGUUUGGAAUUUUGGCUAAGAUGAAGUUCGUUGUUGUCCUGGUGGCUGCCGGGGUUCUGGCCUUUCUCGGCGCAGUCAUUUGCAUUAUUGCCAGUGUUUACCCACGUUCGACGCCUGCUACAGCCCAAGCUCUAUCUGACAACCGGUCUUUGUCGACAGAAUCUCUCUUACUCUCGCCCGGAUCUCUAGCGCAUGCGGGUCCACUGGGAGCUCUCCACGGUUCUGAAUCAUACGACGGCCUGGGCCUCGGCAUGGAGGUUCCUACACUGAACGAGCUUAGACCAGGAGAGGUGACUGGAGAAAAUCGCAAACAAUUUACCUUUAGUCGGCUUAUUUGUACACAAAUUCCGGUCGGAGAUUGUAAAUCGAAAAGCCUUAAACAACAAGCCGACGACCCUUACGCCGAUGACGAGUGGAACUACCUCAGGACCACUGCUGAAGAGCUACGGCAAACCGUCAUGCAGCAAAAUGAUCAGAUCCUCAUGGACCAGAGAACCAUAGGGGAAUUGACUGGGAAGCUGUCAGAAUGCGAGAUUGGACUGGAGGACACCAGCGUCUCUGAAAGGAGCGUGGGGGUCUGGGCGGGUAAUCGCCGCUUGAUGGCCGGGGAUGACGUGAGCACAUCGGCUGCAGCACAACUGCAAACCGCCAGGGCUGUGGAAGAACUGGAGAAAGCCAUUCUCCAGCUUAAAGACCGCAUUGAAAAGCUCGAGGCAGAAAUAGGGCCAGCGGUCCAGAACCACACGGACAUCAGCACAAAGGCUUUCGUGAAGGCCCAUGGUAACCCGAGCUGGCGCGUGGAGGACCUGGAGGGGGAGCUGGAGAAGAAGAUGGAGCUGCUGGAGAAGGAGAGGAAGGCCUUGCGAAAGGAGACCCAGGGCCACCACAAGGAGAUCGACGAGGGACUGAACACACUCCACAACCGCAUCGCCGAGCUGGAGCAGAGUCUUACAGACUACAACUACCCAGAGGGCUAUAAACUCUCCUUCCCAGUACGGACCAACUAUAUGUAUGGGAUGGUCAGGAAGGUCGUCCCUGAGAUGUACGCAUUCACAGUCUGCAUGUGGUUGAAGCCCACAGACGGUGGGAUCGGCACCCCGUUCUCCUACGCAGUCCCGGAGCAGCCCAAUGAGCUGGUCCUGCUCCAGGGGGUCCACAACCCUGUCGAGCUGCUCAUCAACGACAAGGUGGCCCAGCUGCCCCUGUCCCUCCCUGAAGGUACCUGGCAGCACAUCUGUGUCAGUUGGACGUUACGGGACGGGGUGUGGCGAGCCUACCAGGGGGGCAAGCUGACGGGCCAGGGUGAAGGUCUAGCUGCCUGGCAUCCUAUUCGACCUGGGGGUGUUCUCAUCUUGGGCCAGGAGCAGGAUACGCUUGGAGGCCGGUUUGAUGCGUCUCAGGCGCUGGUCGGGGAGCUGUCCAAGUUCAACCUGUGGGACCGAGUGCUGUCCCCCACAGAGGUGUCCAGCUUGGCCAACUGCAGCGGUACAGCCAAGCUGGGAAAUGUGUCCCCAUGGACAGAUCGAGACGUGGACGUGUUCGGAGGAGCCACCAAAGAGGCAGUGGAUCCCUGCGCUCGUGGCUCUGGGGCUCAGCAGUAGGAGGGGGGGGGACGGGGACGCUGGGAAGAUGUUUUGAUAUUCACCUCAGUAUACCAACAGAUGGUAAUGACCUCACGAGAGCAUUGCUGUGUGUCUUAUCUCAGUGUGUCCACACUGAAUGUCUUUCUAGCACAGUCAUACUGAUGUACAGAAUAGUCCUCUCACCCCCAGUGGUGUUUUAAAGGGUGACGCAAACGUUUGGUGGCAAGCUUCAUGUAAUUACUCAGUGGGUUAGCGUUUAGAGAGGGCUCUGGGGCGGUGGAGAGGGGGUGCAGGGUCUGAGCACCCAAGAGGGUCGUCUAGUCUGCUGCUUGUAUUCUCUACGGGUUUCCUGUUCGAUGGUUGCCAUUUUAUGUGUUGCUACAGUGCGUUUUUUGCAUACACAGCCAAAUACUGGAAAUCAAAAUAUGUGUGUGUGUGUGCGCGGCGUUUGAACUCACAUUUAACCAUUAGGUCAUUGCCAUAACUGGUUUGAGCACUCUAUUAUAAUGUGCAUCUUGUAUGUGUACUGCUUCUGUCACAGUCUCACAAAGCUUUUGUUCUGGUUGUACUUUUGCUGGUUCGCACAUAUUGUUGCUGUGAUGUGUGUUGUGAUUAGGUCAAGGAUAUUCCAACAGUAAGCAAGCUUGGGCUGUGUUGUAAUGACCUCUAAAGACCCGGGGUGUACCCUGGAAUAUGAAUAUCCUGACCGGAAUAUUACUGCUAGUAAUAAUGAUUAACAGUAUGGGAUACAGGACAAAUCAAUGUACAUGUUUGUUAUCUGAGGGAAUGUAGGCUUAUCAAGACAACAGACCCUAAGUACAAAGGAAUGAUUCGAACUAAUCUCCAUCCAUUACCUUCAGUCAGUCCCCAGCAAGAGCCAAAUUGUAUUUAUUACCGGGUUGAAUGUGCUUGGCAAUGAGAGUGAAAAGAAAUGUGUGAGAGAGGAACCAAGGACUUAAAUAUGAGUAUUUAAUGAUGUUUUUGGCUUCCAACUCUCAGCCAUGCCUCACAAAUUAUAUUAAGUAUGAUUGUAAAGUGCCUGAAAACAGCCCAAAUCUUUAAUUUUCUCUUUUCUAUUGCUAUGGGUCAUGGUGUUGAUAACAUGUGAUGUCAUUUGUUGAGCUUGUUCACUUUUCACUUCCAUGGAUCUCCGAUAAACUUGUAAACUGUGGAUGGAAAAAAAAGAAAUAAAAUGACCAAAAGUGA